UGCCGUGCCGUCGGCUCAAUGAAAGGUUUACCUGCAAUUAAUGACUUUUUCUUUGCGCACAUUCACAGGUUGUACUGCAGUUCUACGCCAUGUUGAAGUGGACGGUUACAAAGCGUUCGGAAGCAAACGCAAAAAAUGUGCUCCCACAAGAGAAAAUGUUGCUGCAACAGCGACAACACGCAAGACGUUCUUUGGGAGCGUUAAGUGAACGCUUGGCUACGGUCACCUCGGACGGUACGGUGAACGGUGGGUCAAGAAAUAGGAAAGUUCGUCGAUCACUUGGAGUUUGCGCCAAUUAUGAUAAGGAAAAUCAAUGCAUCACUUCGACGCCACAUCCUGCGAUAGGACGGACCAUUGGUUCACCGUACUCUAUGGCGUUGCGUGAUGUUAGUAACAUUACGCCAAACACUACGCCAUGCCGCCCCUCGAACGCUACACCGCAGAGUCGCAAACGAACAUUAGCCGUAUCGCCCGUAUCGUCCGAUCUUAAGAGAAAGGAACACGUGGAGAGUGUUCGUGAGACGUACGCUACAACACUACCCACGUUCGACAUAGAGUAUUCUCCGUGUGGCGUGAAGGAUGUCCCCUUCUUAGCGCUUCGUGGGCUGGGACUAGCAGAAUUCGACAAACCGGGCAGGUACUUCGCUGCGAAUGAACAGGAACCGUCUGCAAAACGAAUGAAAACGUUGGCGAAGCCAUUGUCACUCGUUGAGGAUCUUCCCUUGCAACCUUCCGAGGACAAGUUGAAUCCAUGCUUGACUCCUUUGUCGUCGCGCUUGUCUGAAUUACGUUUUAAUAAAAUCAAUUUCAAAAGACCUCUAGCCGUUGGCAAGCCGAUCAAUAGCUUGCCGCAGCCGGCACUGCCACCUCCACCACCAUCGUCCGUUGAAAACAUGGAAGACUCCGAGUUGUCGCUCAACUCGUCAGAAAUGGGUGAUUUAACGCUCGACAAGAUGAUCGAUGCCAUAUUGGAGAGUGCCAAAAAGGAUGGUAGAUGGGCAACGCCGCGUCCAAAGCGAUCGUUGAGCGUCAAAUCGAAGCAAUCGAAAGGAUCGUCACCCACCUACACGCCUGCAGAUGAUCCAGCGGCUGAUUUAUACCUCGGACUACGGUGUCCUCCACGGAUGUUUCGACAGGAAGGCGAAACGACGAUAAUACUGGAAGAGACGGCAAAUCACAUCAACGAACGGGAGGUGAAAACUCCCGAUACCAAGCAGGAGCAGCGCGGCAUGGCAUUCAGAAACACAGUGAAGAUGGACUAUGUACGUCAAUCACUGAAUAAAUGCGUUGCAGCUAGUCCUCUAGAUGCGGCAUGUCAUCUGCGUCGCCAGAAAGCGGUCCGGAGAAAACACAAACUCGAAACUGCCGGUAAUAGUGCAAAACAGGGUACCCAGCGUGAUGAAGUUACGCUCGAGGACUGUCCGAUGGGCAGUCCAGAAACGCCGUACAUACUCUGCAAUCAGUCGAAACUCAGUCAGCUAAAUGUGAUGCAAACUCCUGUACGCGAUGAACAGCUGCGGUUGGAGGCGGAAAAUCCGUCACAUCAAAUCUUGUCGGCGAACGCAACACCCGACAUACGGUCCAUAGAUUUGCAGGGCACCUCAACGCCAACCGGGGGAUCGGUCGAAAAGAGUCGAAAAUGUUUAAACUUCUCCCCUACGCUUAGUGAGGAUUCGAUUGAAAAGCGUCGAUCAGUGGCAUCGUCUACGACUUCGCGCUGCUUCAGAACGAGUACAUUGACCGGCUCUACAAUCGGUACUGGUGCAAUGCGCGGUACACUGGAGCUUAGCAUCUAUCUUGAGCAGGACCGGCGAUUGCACGUACACGUUAUCCGGUGUAAAGACCUGCAACGGAACACUUCCACUAGUAGUACGGGCGGUAGCAAUGCUAUCAAUGCGUACGUUAAGGUGGCACUGAUCAAUCUGGGCGCGUCACAAACGUCCCCAACGGAUCUAGGCUUUCAACGGACCACUGUACACCGAAACUCAAGUAAUCCUUGCUACGAUCAGCACUUCCAGUUCGAAAUUCACCCAAACGAUGAGCGCCGUGUACAACUGGCCGUGUGGCAUCGAGAUCGGGAAUAUAAGCGUAGUGAAUUUCUAGGAUGCAUGUCAUUCCCAAUAAAAAAUGUUACUGCACUGGGCAUUAAUGGAGCAUACCGUCUGCAGCCGCAAUCCUGUCUGACAAAUCCUACCACACCGAUACUAGAAACAAUGUGUGAAAAUUCCCAAUCGAGCAUGGAAGAGCUAAUGAACGCUGAAGACAGCAGUAGCGCAAAGGCAACGAGCACCGUUACCUCUACAACUGUGUCUCUGGCUGCAGGAGCAACUGGUGGAACCAUUGGUAAUGCUGGUGGUGAACAAAUCAGCCUCAGUAAGAAAGCAAUCCACCAGCGCGAUGCAGAUGAGAAUCUGUUUUUGCGCUUCCUGGAACUUGAUCCGUCUCCCGAGGCAUCAUUAACGAUGGGCACUGGUGGUGGAAGUCAGACAACCCAGCCAGCCACCCCCCGACGUAGCUCGGUUAGUGCCGCGAGUGGUCCGCUCAAACCAAUGACAGGGGUAACAUCGUCAGGUCGGACACCAUUUACAAUCACAAAACGGUUGGCGCGUACGGGCGAUCGAGGUUUUGGAUUUUCCAUCGUUUGGACUCAUCCUCCGAGGGUGGAAAAGGUGGAAACGGGCCUGUCGGCGGAUCGUGCAGGAAUUUUGCCCGGUGAUUAUGUGGUGUUUGUCGAUAAGCACAAUGUAGUUACGAUGCCGGAACAGGACGUGCUGAACCUGAUUCGAACACAAGGCAACUCGCUGCUUCUCGAGAUUUUUCGACGUCCUCAGUCGACAGGUGGACUGCAGCUGCAAAACCGAACAAAUGGUUUGCGCAGCAUGUCAUCUGGACAAGCGCUAACGUCGAACCUUGGUGGCAUUACGAACAGUACGGGAAACAUCAAUUCGCUCAACGUGUCGGCCGGUGUUGUUCUGGCACAACCGGAUGAAGGUGAACCAUUUGCAAGGACAUCCCCGUCUCCAUUCGGUGUGGCACGAUCAUCCACAGCGUGUUCGAACAUUUCGAUUGAAACCGCUAAGCGAAAACUCCAUCUGCCACAGGUUACUUUUAGCAAAGAGUCAAUUGUUCAACAAUUUCCUGACGAUCAUCGCCGCAAGUUCCUCUAUCAGCUGAUUAGCCGUGAGCAGCAUUUUAUUAAUGCCAUUAACUUUGGUAUCGAGCGAUUUGUCAAUCCACUACGCGAACGAAAAGACUUAAUCUCACCGAGCGAUCACAAAAUCCUGUUUCAAAAUAUUGACGAGCUAUCGCGAAUAUCGGAAGAUAUUCUGGAGCAAAUUAUUCAGGACGAAACCGAACCACAAAUCCAUUUUGCUUCCCGUGUUUAUUUAUCGAAAAGUACAGCAGUCUGUGCAGCUUACAGGAAGUAUUGCAAUGGACUGAAGAAAGCUGAUUGUGUGUUGGUCAACAAGUCUAGAAAUUCAAACUGUGAUUUUAUGAAAUUCAUUACGGAGCCACCGGUACCAAGGAAACGUCCAGAUCUAACUACAUUCAUACAUCGACCGCUUCAGCAUUUUAGGGAAAUUUUAAAAUUAGUGCAAAUGAUAGCGUCCCAUUGUCGUGUAGAUAGUGAAGAACAUAAUAAUUUCAACAAUAUCAUAAGCGAAUUACAGGCUGCGUACCGCGAAAUAACCGUCGGUGGAGGGCUAAUGGAGCCAAUCGGAGAAGGGCGUCCGCUUUUAACGUUACAGGACCUAGAGGCACGUAUGGUGUUCACGAAAUGCAAACCAUUUCAGCUGGCAUCUCAUGGACGGCAGUGGAUUUUUGGUGGGGAUCUGUCACGUGUUGAGGGACGUUCUAUAAAACCUUAUUGGACUCUGCUCUUUAGUGACAUCCUUUUGUUUGCUAAAGUGAGUCGAGAUCGAGUACUUUUUAUCACCGAGGAGCCGAUAGCGCUAUCUACAAUAACUGAUUCGUGUUUUAAUAUUCGCAAAAAGGCAGGUACCGAAUUCCGAAUCACCAUAGACCCCAACGGCAGACAGAUUGAAAGUCCUACGGUACAUUGUGCACCGGACCUAUCCCGGACACCGAAAAAAAAUUCCAAAAAACGUUACAUUGUGCUUCGUGCCCCGUCAACAGAAUUGAAAGCAGUCUGGCAAAAUUUGCUAACCAGGCAAAUUUUUUUAGUAAAUGCAACCCUAGGCUCAACACCAUUGAGCAGCCCCCUUGACUCACCGGAUAUUUUGCAAUCGUUUGUACCGAUCAGCGAUAUCGGAGCGACGGCUACAUCGGCAUCUUCGGUGAAGGUAUCAUCGCUGGAUGGCAUUCACCUUAAAAACCAACAGUCAAGGCUAAGCAGAGUUCCGAAACAGGUUGAAGAGCUUAUCGAUGAAAAGUGUAGAAAGCUCAAUAAAACCGGUGUACCGCAGGGCAGUGCUCUACAUUUGGCGCAAUGGAUGAAAGGUCAGCUGAAUAAACAGAUCAUCGAAUCCGAUCCUAUAGAUUCCGAACCCGAACAAUUGGUAGAAGAUUGGUCGGUAGAGCAGGUGACUAAUCGGUCAAAAGAACUGAACCUGGUCGAUGCUGACGGCAGCCCUUACAGAUCCGCUUCUCAUUGCAAUGGUACUAGCAAUGGGAUUGUAGGCAAAAAUAACGGACCCACCAACAGCCAACCGACAGCUGACGACAAUUCAGCGUUUGAAGAUGAUGAUGAUAAUAAGAGUGUUUCUAAGAGUACGACAUCCGACAGUCAGAUAACAGUAAGGUCAAGCCCGUUAAGCAACAAAUUGGACACAAUAUCCAUGUGCCGGCAGUGUUUGAAAAAUUGUAAAAGCCGUUUAAAUUCACCAAGUAGCAACUCCCUAACAGUCCAGCAUAGUCACAGUUCUCCGUCAAACCGUUGCUGUGUGUCUAAUUCUGCCACGGGUAGCAGUCUCAAUAAGAGCCCUAACUCAAUGUCAAGUGUAUCAUCGUCAAGCACACUGACCAUGCGCGGAAGAACUGCGGGACAGGAAGCGGAUUGUUCGGGUCAAGGAACGAUGGCGGAAAACAUUGUCUGCAACAGACAACCAUCGGUUGUUCAAUUGAAACAAAGCGGAGAUACCGAUCGACACAUUCAGUUGUCGAUAAACGGCAACUAUAAAACAAUGUGCCAAACACCAUGCCAUUGUAAAUGUACGCCAAAAGAUUUCGAAAAAAGUACCCUCAGCCCCGAUGAGCUACUUCACGAACGUGUGAAAAUAUUGGAUAAUGUUUGUGAAGCCACUACCGCAAACAUAACUAUUCAGCAUUCAAAGGAUACUAGCAAGAUGAAUGGUGGUUACCCGUUAAGCGCAAAGCAUUCGUUGCAGGAGCGUCUGGACGAGAACACCGGUAAUCGUGAUGAGCGCAGGAUGGAAUGUAAUAACAACGAGGACGAUGAUACUGAGUGGUCGUUAAUGGGGUUGAUUGGAUUGGCUCAAAUAAAUCCAGCCGCGUCGCUAGUUCAUAUGGAUCCCUUCGAAGCAUUGCCAACCAUCGCUGUAGUACCGCCGACACCGGAUGCGUUGGGCAAUUCGGCGUAUAUACGGCAGUCUAUGCCGCCUUCGCCAUGGACAACGAUCGAAAGAAGUCAACUUCAGCUAGCACCGAGUAGUUUGAGUUCCGCACACGCUACCGAAGGAACACUGAGUGAUGAAUACUCGCCAGAUAAUUCACCAGAGGACGAAAUAGCUGAACCACCAUACCGUGCGUUGAAUCCUGGUUUAAAGCGAUACGGAACAAUAUCGAGUUUGGAGCGUGUUCCAUCGGAAGAUACGGAUGAUAACAAGACGUAUUCUUCCGAAGAAGAUUCGGAAAGUGACAUUAAAAUUGUUACCAAAGAAGUAUACGACAAUAAUACGCAGACAUUUCUGAAUUGGACGACUAGAGCAGGCAAUUUUAUCGAAGAAUCUCGAGCAUUCAUCGAUCGGUAUCUUGGACGUCGAGAUAACAGUACUGAUGACCCAGAAGCAAAUGGUGAAGACUGGGAGAAAAGUCGUGAAAAACGGACCGGUGAACAACAUGCAGCGAGCAGUGGAGGCGACGAGGAGGAAACAAUUGAAGGUGAAACCUCCGCCACCUCUGGGGAGGAAGUUUGGGGUACUCCUACCAGUGGUGGUGAAAAUGAUGAUAUGCAGAUAUUUGGUAGCAUAGAACAAACGCAUUCGUCCCCAACCAAGUCGUCUUCGUCAUAUACAGGUGACGAUGACACUGAAUUGAUGAUGGACGAAUUGCUGAUGGCACCUCCGAUGACGGCUAGUGCUGUUCGCGGACUUCUCCCGAGAAGAAAGCUUGAGCCACUGUUCGAAGAGGACAGUGAGAGCGCGGAAUCAGAUGAUGACAGUAAACCACUCAGCGGUCGUGAUCACCAGGGGCAAGCUUCGGAAAAAAAUCCUCCGGUUUAUGCGGAUUUAAACGAUUCCACCGGUACCGAUUCGGUAAGUACGACGCCGUCAUCGACCCCGCAGGCCGAGAGGAACGAGACGAUCAAGACUACCACUCCCGACGAAAACUAUGGGAGUGUUGCUGACAGAUGUUAUGCAUCUGUGCAGCUCCCGAGCACCGGGACACACUGUGCAAGCGAUACCGCACGUUUCGCCGACAAGGCAAAUGUACCGAUCGGGCUCAGUCCAAGGCUCGAGAUGCGCUUGGCACUGAAUCACGACAUUCUCGGCGACGAAGAUCUGCUCACCUACAGUCCUGGACCGGACCUGACGGCAAUUCUCGGACGCGACCUCUCCACAUACCAUCGGAUGAAUGGGAAGGACAUUAUCAUGAAUCGUAUCGUGACGCGUGUGAGCAGCUACAUGAAUAUUCAAGCGGUGGCGACAUCGACCCCGGUCAGCAAACCGAACACAGUGGAACCCCACGGUUCUGUGACGAGCCAAGCUAUGAGAAACGGAAUGAGCUCAUCAUAUCAGCAAAACAAUUCAAAGAUGGAUACUCCUAUACUGCACCGACGAAAAACUACCGCCCCAGCUACCUGGAGCAGUUUUGGGUUUGUGGAUCGAGAAGAAAGGACUCUGUCGGACCUGGAACGUUUGGCGAGGCGGGAGAAAGUUUACUGUAUGACUCAGCUCAAUCACAACGCUUCUCAGCUGAAACGAGUAGCUAGCUUUAACACGACCACAAAACACACCAGCAAGCUAUUCAACUUUUUGUAUCGACGGAACUCGGAAAACCAGCUGGCAGGACUUUUCACUUCGAGGGAUAGUGCAGAAGAUAGUAGUGCUACGUGCCAUUCCGAUCCGAGCCGUUUAAAUUCUCCCCGGAAGGAAACGGUAAAAUCACUUGAUCGAAGGUUUUGGAAGCAACUAAGCAAAAGACGACGUGCUAGUUUCCAUGAAGAACUCACAACUGGGGCAUCAUAAGCUACCUACUAGUUUAGCAAAAACUUGCAAUUAUGCACAAGUGUGUUCGUUUUUUUUUAAUUCUAGAUUGUGUGUGUAUGUGUGUGUCACAAUACAGAGUAGCUGGUUAAAUGGUCAACCAUACUCGUACUAGUAAUGCCUAGUUUAGUUGUUAUAAUGAGAAUGUUAAGUUCCACUAUUCACUAAUCAUCUCCAAGGAAUUUAAUUGAUCUGUCUCUGCAGCGGCGUUACGAAUAAAGCAGUUAUUAGUAAAGUAUUUGAGGAAUUUAUGUUUGUAUUACUUCUGAAGCUAAACGUAAAGCUAUCAGUGUAGUUCAGAAUCAAGCAUCACUUAUUUACUGAUCUUUUUUCCUUUUAAAAAAAAUAGAAAUAUCUGGCUGGAAAUCACAAGCAAAAGUUUAUGUUCGAAAAUAUUCUCAAAAGUAUUAGAUAGAAUCGAGAAUGAAUACUAGUAAAAAAAAACCAGCGUUUGCAACAAAUAGAUUAAUAUUCACUACUCCGGAAAAAAAUACAGGAACAAAGGCUAAUCUCGCGUACAUUGGUACCUUGUGUUAGCAUGAAAAGAAUCCAUUUCUUUAUGAAACUGUACGAAAUGAUAACCAAAGAAAGAGAGAUAAAGAAAGAGAGAGAGAGAGAAGUAGAAAGAAACACAAUGAUGCAUGUGCUACUUCUAAUAUGCAUCAGAUGCAUUACUGAUCCAAGUUUAAGCCUCCAUAUAUUUGUAAAUAUGCACACUUUUUAAGACAUUUCCACUCUACUUCAAAAAUUAAUUCUUUGCGGCGAUAAUGAUGUAAUUCGUUAACAAAAACAAAAAUACAUCAUUUACACACUAUUUCUGUGCGUAGGAAGGAAAAUUGUAGUUCAGGAUAGGAGUUUAGUUUAAAUGUUUUGAUACGAAAGGUAGGGCUUGACAAUCAUCGAUUGCAAAGUUUUAUCGAUUUACCUAAUUGUCAAAUUAAGAGCCAAGUUUUGAUACACCGCCACAAUAACUUGACACAAUUGAAUUGCCACUGAACACUUAAAAGAGUAUAUUUUCUCGUAUUCUCUGUCUUUCUCAUCAUCAAUAUUACGUCCAGCUGAAUAUGUACCAUCCGCUCAAAACGAGUAUACUAAACAAAAUGCCAGCCCGUCCGGAACCUUAGUAUCACUUUGUAAGUCGUUUCGUUAGGAAUAUGAAAAUGUGACUAUGCUUGUCUUUUUCUAUAACGUUCAAACCAGCCACGGCAACUUAUCAAAAUUGACAUCAAUAAGAAUAGUUUGAGCUAAUUUUCCCUAUUUUUAUGAAAACAAAAUAAAGUUUGUAUGUUUUUAGCUUACAACCUCUUUCUUAAAGCAAUUUACUCAACGUUCUACCCAGCGUUCCGUUAAACGUAAUGGAAAUGUUUCGAAUAUUGUGUAGUUCAUUGCGUUGUAUUGGAUUAUUUACCUUGUUUAAUACGUGUAUCCCGACUGAUGCCUGGGAAGCAAUGAUUUUGAGAUUAUUUGUUUUGCAUUACAUGCUUUUUGCAUAAUCUGUGUAUAUAUUUUUGUAAAAUUUACAACACGAAACAAAACAUAAGCCAGCACAGGUUUCUUAAACAAAAUUGGACUAGCUUAGUCUUUGAUUUUCAUUCGCACAAGUCGGUUCUACGCACUGUACAGAUUGAAACAAAACAAACGUAAACAAAAACGCCAAAAAAGAAGCUUUACAAUGUACAUUUCACAAUUAUCAACCGAAAUCAACUACCAAUAAUAGUUCGAGUACGGAAUGCAAUAGGUAAAAAAAUGACACAAACAGAAGCAUGAAUCAUGGUAGUUAACUUUAAACAGCAUAUAGUAGAUAAGCAAGCAACACUUUACAUGUUAAGCAAUUACUUCUUACUCAUAGAUACAUCUGAUUAAAUUUGUAACUUAAAGUAGAAUGAUAAAAAAGCCGUCUUUUUAAAAACAAUUCAUACAGUACAUUUAAAAACGCUUCAAAUUCGGUACUCAUGCACCACACCUGUUUAUCGACGACAUGUCGAUGGAAUUUGCAAUAAAUAAACGCAGUUUUGUCAUUCUUCACGUAGCUAACUUUCAAAGUCAUACGAAAUAGCAUAGGAUCGUGGCCUAUUGAAAUUGAAAGCAACGGGCUGGUAACGAAAAGGAAAUCGGUCAAUGAAAUUUUGUGAUAGCAGUCACAAUAAACUAAAACAAGGAUAGGAAAACAAGCAAAGGCGUGAGUAAAAGCAACAUUUGGUGUUAAUAUACCACAAUGGCAAUUUUGUAAUUUGCGUAAGAUAAGCACACAGUACCACAGAAGAACAUAAAGAAAAAUAACAUUGAGCAACGGGUUGUACGAAGAAAAAGAAAUAUGUGAGAACAUUUACAUUAACAUAAGGAGCUACUAACAAAAAUCUGUCACCAUCGUAUUAGACGAAAAAAAAACAACAACAAAAAACCAAACAAAACAGUAUUUUGCCUUAAACUGCAAUUCGACAUGAAGUAUUAGAAAUGAAAAACAUCUUCACAAAAAUAAAAUAAUGUAAUAAAUCAAUUGUUUAACGAAUUUUAAGCAAAUCAAAAA